UUCACUCUCUCACUCCUCCCUCUCUCCUCUCUCUCUCUCUAGAAUCACAUAUUCACAUGGCUUUAUUUCCUCCUUAGCUUUCCCCCUCUUCCUUUUAUUUCCAUGUCACCAUCUUCUUCCUCCCUUGUUUCCUCCCCAACUCAAUCAAACAUGGUUUCAAACAUGGCUUUGUUCCACCCCCUCUUCUCCCAUUCCACCUCCCUCCACCUCCCCCAAACCCCCAAGCAACCACAGCCGCUCAAACUCCUCUUAUGUCUCUCCCCACCAACCCAUCCCCGACCCUUCAUUCCUUCCAGAAAGAUGAGCUUCAGCAGCAUCAAGUGUGCUGCAGUUGCAGACACCACACCUCCUCCUGCCGCUUCACCGCCGCUUGAUGAGGAUCAGGAGGAUCACAAGGUACUGGUGGGUCCAACCACCGAGGCGGAGAGGAGGGGAGAGAGGGUGGCGGCGGAUUAUGAUUGGACGGAGGAAUGGUACCCUCUGUACCUCACCCAGGACAUUCCGGAAGAUGCUCCUCUGGGUCUCACGGUGUUUGAUAAGCAGCUUGUGCUCUAUAGGGACGGCAAUGGAGAGCUCCAGUGCUACCAGGAUCGCUGCCCCCACAGGUUGGCGAAACUAUCGGAAGGGCAGCUGAUUGAUGGAAGGUUGGAAUGUUUGUAUCAUGGUUGGCAAUUUGAAGGCCAAGGAAAAUGUGUAAAGAUUCCUCAGCUUCCAACCGAUGCGAAAAUUCCGAAAUCAGCUUGCGCGAAGACAUACAAGGUGAGGGACUCACAAGGGGUUGUGUGGGUUUGGAUGUCUCACAAGACACCACCAAACCCGGCUAAGAUUCCAUGGUUUGAGAACUUCGCUCGGCCGGGGUUUCAAGACACUUCAACGACUAAUGAGCUCCCUUAUGAUCACUCCAUACUUCUGGAGAAUCUCAUGGAUCCUGCCCAUGUUCCAAUCUCACAUGACAGGACGGAUUGGAGUGCGAAAAGGGAAGAUGCUCAACCAUUGCGUUUUGAGGUCACUGAACGAACUGAUCGAGGAUUCGCAGGCUGGUGGGGCAAGGCAACUGAUCCAUCGGCGAAAAGCUUCUUGAGGUUUGAGGCACCAUGCUCUCUUCAAAACAACAGGGAAAUUGUUGAUGAAAAAACUGGGGAAAAACACUACUUUUCAGGUCUAUUUCUUUGUAGACCAACUGGACAAGGGAAGUCUAUGCUCAUUGUGAGAUUUGGUGGAACAAAAAGGUCCCCGGUCGCGAAACUGUUUCCGAAAUGGUACUUUCAUCAGAAUGCAGGCAAGGUUUUCGAGCAAGAUAUGGGAUUUCUUUCGUCGCAAAACGAGAUACUCAUGAAGGAAAAAGUACCCACCAAAGAGCUGUACAUUAACCUGAAAUCUUCAGAUACUUGGGUGGCUGAAUACCGAAAAUGGAUGGACAAAGUAGGGCAUGGAAUGCCUUACCAUUUCGGACACAGCACAAUCUCGUUGCCCAAAGAACCGGCUGUUGUGGAACACGCACCAGCCGGACUUGUAGCCGGUGGUUCUGCGUCUUUCCCGGCAAAGGGAGGCAUUGGAUCCAUGCACGCUCCAAACUUGGCCAACCGGUACUUCCGGCACGUGGUCCACUGCAAAAUCUGCAGAGACGUUGUCAAAGCUUUCCAAGCAUGGCAAAAGGGCCUCACUGCUGUUGCUGUUGCAUUUGCUGCAUUGGCAAUUCUUGUCUCAGGCAGGCAGUGGAAGGCCAUUCUAUUAGUCUCAGCAGCAAUCAGCUCUGCUGGGGUUUAUGCAUGCUCGUACGCGGUGGCGUUGAACACAACAAACUUCGUAAGGACGCAUAGGAGAUUGUGAACUGCCGGGAAGACGAUUUGAAAUUAUAAAUUUGUACUUUUUAUACGUUUGGAUUCUCAUUGGAAGCUUAAGAUGCAACCUUUGUUGUGGCUUUCUCAAAACUAUCAUGGCCGAGUGGCCUAACUCGCAUCUGCGUUAUCAGAUAGUUCCGUUAUCUUGUA